AGCCAUAUGUUGAAAAUAAGUGAAGCCAAGCAGGAGUUAUAAUGGGCAAAAGAUAAAGAAAAAAAGACGGUUAUAUUUUACUCCACAAUAGAAAUGUUUUAAAGUACAGCAACCUGAAUUAUAUAACUGGUUGCAUAACUACUUUGUUUAAUCUAAAGAUAAUGCUCAAGAAGUUUUAAUAUCGAAAUAUUUACUACAAUUUACCCACUUUGUCUUGAUUUAAAGUUUGAGAGGCGCCAAAAGUUUUGAUAACGAAAUAUUUUCUACAAUUUACACCAGUUUCAAUUUUAAUUGCCAAUUUUUGGUUUGUAUGGAUCUAAAAUGUCAGAUGACUGUACUGAACCUGAGCUAUUGUCGCCUCGACGGGGCUCCCGGCACCGUCAAUUGAGUCUGAAAGCUCAAGAAAACGUAUCCAUUUCCAGUAGAAGGAGACGCGGUUCUAGAAAAUUGAAUAUUUCUCCUACCCCUGAAUCUGAGGAUGAUUCUGACUGCGAGAUUAGAGAAAAACCAACAGUUUUGCACGACAACGAUUAUGUGCCUGGCGAUAAACUGUUUACGUUUCAAACGCGCAAAAAAUGCGAGGCUGUUUUACAAACUGGGGGCAAAACGCCACACGCUUUCAGGGAUAAAAUGAAAAAAGAUAUAGCGGCAAAAAUUUUAGAAGAGAAUGAUUCAAGUGGGGAUUUUUCAUCCAGUGGGAGUGAAUUUGAAGUGUCCAAUGAACAAAGUUCGGAAGAGUCUGAUAGUAGUGACGAGACAUCAUCAGCCCCACAGAAUAGAAAUAUAAAACCGACUUUACCUCCAAAGAAUGUCAAUUACACGAUAAAAACAGAUGAUUAUUUUUCGCAUCAUGCUAGUAAAAAAAACGUAACAUCGAAUCAUACUUUAGAUAAAUUGGAAACACCAAGACUGCCUCAAGACCAAUUACAUAAACUUUUGUCGAGAGUUAGUCUAGGGCGUGAGCAUGAAAAAGCCACGAAAAAUUUGAUCGAGACCUAUUACGCUUAUUUUGAUAAAUGGAUGUAUUUGAUGCACGAAAAUAUCAACAUCUUAUUGUAUGGUUUAGGUUCAAAGAAAGGCAUUUUGAACGCUUUUCAUGAAAAGUGUUUGAAAAAAUUACCAACGGUUGUGGUAAACGGAUUUUUCCCUUCAUUAUCAAUUAAAGAUGUCCUUGAUGGAAUUAUUUUAAAUUUACUAGAAUUGAAGGAAAAUCCCUCAAAUAUUUAUGAGGCUUGUGACCUUAUAGAACGCGAAUUUAGUUAUAUUCCCGAGACGCAUUUAUAUCUCAUUGUACACAAUAUUGACAUGAUGAGGAGUGGAAAAGCCCAGAGUGUCUUUGCAAGACUUGCUACAGUAAAUAACAUACAUCUAAUAGCGUCAAUUGAUCAUAUAAAUGCCCCGUUAGUUUGGGAUCAUUCAAAAAUAAGCAAGUUUAAUUUCACAUGGUGGGAUGUUACAACUUUCCAACGUUACAUCGACGAAACAUCUUUUGAAAGUUCAAUGAUGGUCCAAAGGACCGGAAAUCUGGCCUUAUCAUCACUUCGAAACGUUUUCUUAUCUUUGACGAGCAACUCUAAAGGAAUUUAUUUAAUCCUCGUCAAGCAUCAAAUCGAAAAUGGCAAAAAACAAUAUUAUCAAGGUCUGGCAUUCAAAGACUUGUACUCGUUAUGUCGCGAGGCAUUUUUGGUCAGUUCGGACCUGGCAUUGCGGGCCCAACUCACCGAAUUCGUGGACCACAAAAUGGUGAAAUUCAAAAGAGCAGCAGACGGGACCGAGUAUUUGAUAAUUCCAAUCGCAAACACGUUAUUACAGCAAUUUUUAAACGAACAUUCCGAUUAAGUAAAUGUAUUUUUUUUUGAAUAAAAACUUAAGUUGG